AUGCAACGCCUUUCUUUGCCUGGCCCUCUGAAACCUACCCAAGCGUUUCUGUCUCGUCUGUCCCCGUUCUCGGCCGUGGCGCGACCCCACGCCCGCGGAACAGGCCGGGACCACUCGAGACGCACGGAGUCUCGCGACGAUCCACGAGAAGCAGAAAGUGACACGCGCUCCUGGGAAAAUCCGCAAGACGCCCAAUGGACCCACCUCGCCCGCCCCGAAAUCGAGGCGGCUCUCGACAGUCUCCUUGUUGACCCCGCCAAACAACGAGACACAGGUGUCGCCUGGGUCGUAGGGCCUGUCGGAGUUGGAAAGAGCUACAUGGCGCAGUUCGCGGUCCAGAAAGUGAAGAACCAGCCUUCCCAGGCUCUCGACUCUUUUGGGUGUAUCUGUGCAUUCGAGAUACCUCACCGACUUCAGCACAUGCAUGAAUAUGCGCAUCUUUAUACGCCUUGGAUUUGCUCUGUUGUCGAGGCCGCGUGUCCCUCCUUUCGCCCCUUGGUCGCCUCGCUCCUGCGUUCCGCCGCUUCGUCGGCCUCACCUUCUUCUUCCUCUUCUUCCUCUUCUUCUUCCUCUUCUUCCUCUUUUUCUUCUUCGCUUAAGCCCCCGUUUGCGAUCGGUGCGGGUCUGGCGCCGGUGGACGAGAAGGAAAGACAGGCGAGAGCGCUGCGUUUCGUGGAAGUGCUGGAAGACGAGAAGGUGAAGUGCUUUCCCCACUGGAGAGGCUUGCUCGACUUCUUGGCUCAAAAAGUUCCCUCGUUCGCCAGGCAAUCCAAGUUCUCAGAAAAAGAGCCGUGCGACGCAACCAGCGCUGCGUUCGGCCUGCUUCGCAUGGCGGCGGCGCAUGCGGAGAACACCGUGUCUUGGAAGGCGAGCGAGGGCGCGAUUGCGGAGUAUCCAACUGGAGAGAAGUGGCUGGGCUUCUUUGUAGCGCUUCUCGUCGGGCUGCAGAAAGCGACGGGGCCGCUCACCUCCUUUCCAAUCGUUUUGCUCACAGCUGAUUCGUUGACGAGCAUUCGAGGCAUCUGUUUGUCGCCUGACGAAGCGCGGGCCGGAACAACGCACAGCCGCGACUCGCCUACCUCCCCUGAUUUAGAGGGUGGCGGUCAUCAGGCCAAAGAGACGCCGAAGCCAGGCGCCAAGGAGAGAGAGGAAGGAAGCGCGAGGGAAGGAGAGGAGAGAAGAAAUGUGGAAGUGAUUGAAAUCGGAGAUUUGAGUCGGCAGACAGUGACAGACAUCUUGAUCCCGAAAGUCACGUCUAUCCCUGAAAUCCCUCACGCGCUCUUCCUGGCCGUCGGCGGCAACUGCGCACUUAUCGAAAAAAUCACAAAAGGUUUGAUGAAACUGAACGGCGAGCUGUGGCUAGAGGCGAACAGAGCGCCUCCAGCGGACCACGUGAAGCAGGUGCGAGACCCCGACGAGGCCGAGCUCGCCAGAGACGCGACCGAGGAGGAAGAACGCGACUGGCGAUGGUGCGAAAAACAAAAGGAAUUCUGCAGAAACAUCGCAAAAGACCUUCUCGUCGAGGACGUCCGACUGUUUGAAUGGCGCAUGCAAAAAUUUCUCUCUCUUCCGCUCCUGACGCGCCUGCGGGAAAAGCAGGGGAACGAAAUUCACUUCCUCGUUACGGUUUUUGAGACGCUCCGGUAUUUUCUUUCCAAGCCUUAUCUGCUCAGUCGCAACCUCCUUCAUCUGGACAAUGUGGUGAUUCUCAGGCUGCAAGCCCUAGAAGUCUUGGAGGAGGCAGAGAGGCGAGAGGAAGGAGAAGCGGAUGUCGAAGAGGGUGAUAAAGAAGAAGAUAAAGACGUGGACGUCUUAGACAGGGACAAAGACUUUGAGGAGGCAGAAGACAUAGAAGAGGAUGAUAAAGAAGAAGAUGAAGAAGUGGAAGCCUUAUGCACUGAAGAAGACGUUGAGGAGGAAGGAGUCUUAGAAGAGGAAGAGACAGAAGAAGAUAACGCGGAAGAAGAUGGUGAAGAAGAUAAAGACGUGGAAGUCUUAGAGAGGGAAGAAGACUUUGAGGAGGAAGAACUCUUCGAAGAGGAAGACACAGAAGAAGAUAAAGACGUGGAAGUCUUAGACAGGGAAGAACACGUUGAGGAGGCAGAGGUCUUAGAAGAGGAAGAGACAGAAGAAGAUAACGAGGAAGAUGAUGAUAAAGAAGAAGAUAAAGACGUGGAAGUCUUAGAGAGGGAAGAAGACUUUGUGGAGGAAGAAGUCUUCGAAGAGGAAGAAGACUUGGAAGUGGACAGUAAUGUAGAAUCUGAAGAAGAGGGGCUGCUGGACGUGGGGCUUUUGACGGCAAAGUUUCAGCCGAGUCGAGUCGAGGUCGCCAACGAGCUGUACAGACACCUGCUGUCGGACUACAUGAACACGCGAUACGCUCUUCUUUCCGUGGACCAGAAGGCCAGCUACAACCUGAACUGGCUGAUGAAUGAGAAAUCCAUCAAGUUCCACGUCGACCGUCUUCCUGAGUUUUAG